CAAACAAGUAGAUAUAAGAAGAUUAGUUUAGGUCCACCAACUGGUGGUUACAAUUAGAGUUCCACAAUCCCCAUUUUCAAGCAAUCAUUUUUAAGCUACUCUUAAACAAAUCACACAAUUUAAGCAACACCCAUUUCAUUUCCAAAUGUUUCUCCAAACACCCUUAAUUCUUUUCUUCCAAUCAUUCCAUAUUUGAAUCCCAAUUUCAAUUUCAUUUUCAUUUUUUGAGCUUCUGGUUCUACCCCACGUGGAGAUGGAAGAAUUUGUUUUUGCUGCUUUGGUUGUGUCUUCAUACUUAUUCCAGAUCACGUACAGGUAUUUCCACCAGCAAUUGAAGGGAUCAUUCACCAGCAAUUAUAAUUUUAAGUGAUAGUGAUUGAUUUCUUCAAAAUAAAGAUGGCUACUUAUUAUCCAAGUUCAUAUCUUUCUACCCAACAACAACAAGUUAAUUCUUAUCAAGAAUCAUCUUGUCCUCCCAUUGAUUCUAUGUACCAAAACCAUGAUACAACCGACCCGGCUUUCUUGGAUCUUUUGUCGGGUCAAGCACGGUCAAACCCUCAAAAUCUUGCAAGAGUUGAGAACCAUCAAGAAUUGUGUCUAAGUCUUGGAAUGCAAAUAACUUCUUCAAUGGAUAUGCAGCCUUUUCAAUAUAAUUACUUGAAUCCCCAACUUCAUGAUUCAAGUGAUCAUGUUUCUAGAGGCAAUAAGCUUGAGAACGUUGACUUUUUGUCCUUUGACCGUCCGAUGAACAAUGUUCAAUGCUCGGUUUCAGGUGCAUAUCAAAUCCCAUCAGGGGUUGUGCCUAGAAUAUACAAUUCAAGAUAUCUGAAACCGGCACAAGAAUUGCUAGAAGAAGUAGCUAAUAUUCAUGAAGCUAUGAGGCAGCUAAAGAUGAAUAAACGCAACAAUCUACAUAAAUCUGAUGAAAAUUAUUCACGAGUCGAGCUCCAAUCUGUCCCUCUCGAGUCUUCCACAAGUUCGUCUGCUGACCUUUCGGCUUCAGAGAAAAACGAGCUUCGAAACAAGAUCACCAAACUGUUUUCUUUGUUGGAUGAGGUCGACAGAAAAUACCGAGAAUAUUGCCAACAACUCAGAAUCGUUGAGGGGUCAUUAGAUAUGGUGACCGGUUGCGGGGUUGCAAGAUCAUACACAGCACUUGCUCACCAAACAAUUUCUCGACACUUUCGAUGCUUGCGCGAUGCAGUAAAUGCACAAAUUCAAGCAACCCGGCAAACUCUUGGCGAGCAUGAUGAUUCAUCGGAGAGGGUGUUACCUCGUCUUCGUAACGUCGAAAAGCAGCUCAGGCAACAACGAAGCUUAAAUCCGCUUGGUGUUAUGCGUCAUUCCUGGAGACCACAAAGAGGGUUGCCUGAAGGCUCGGUUUCUAUCCUUCGUGCUUGGCUUUUUGAACAUUUUCUUAACCCUUACCCGAAAGAUUCAGAGAAGAUCAUGCUAGCAAGACAAACGGGUCUCACUAGAAGCCAGAUUGCAAACUGGUUUAUAAAUGCUCGUGUGCGCCUUUGGAAACCAAUGGUUGAAGACAUGUACAAAGAAGAGUUCGGUAAUGAGGAGGUGAACUGUAGAUCUUCACCGGAACAAGCUGGGAAAGCAUCAAUAGGUCAAUCAUCUUCUUCCGAUGACAAAGCGAAAGAGUUGCAGAAAAACGCAAAUCUUGAUUUUGGAAAUGAUCUGGAAGUGAAUGGAUUUAUGGGACAAAGGCACAUUGAUCUAGCAGACCAAUACAGGUUUGAUGAUCCUCAGUUGUUACCUGAUUUUGUUGUGUAAUAAAAUUUGUGUAAGCCUUUGAUGGUCGUGGAAUGCACACAAUCACGAAUAUGCAUAAAACCACGAAGAACACGAACAUAAAUCGCAUUCUGGACUCGAAUUUGUGAAUUUGGGUGGUCUUUUGGUUGAAAAAUAUACUUUUUUUUUUUAUUUGGAGGUUAGUUUCUAUGUAAAGAUAUAUAAUACAUUCAUCAUAUGUAAUAAAGCAAUAAUUUGUUGUAUACAUAUAUAUAUUUUUUUAUUAUUAGGCA